CUUUGUUUUUGUUUUCUUAUCAUCAAUAUCGUCGCAUAAAAAAAUACUUCAAAGUAAUUUUCACACGAAAAUUUUAACAAUUCCGUUGUCAGUUGUUAAUUGGAUAAGCGAAAGGAAGUGUUGGUUUUAUUCGCUUGAAUUUCAAAGCCACGGAUUAAAAUUAAGUUACGAAAGCCGCUGAUUAGAAGAGAGCAAAGGUUAUAGAUUAUUUACAUCAUGGAUACAGCAAGAAAUCAAGUAAAUAGUUUGUUUGCUAAGAAGGAACCAUGGCAAAUUGCUGCUAUUUCAACAGCAUCUACGCUUUUCGCUGUUUGGUUCUUCCAGUUUCUAAUAAAAGAAGAAAGCUGGACAACACGAGCAAAAAAAACCUUUUUCAGAGUGGCACGCAAAAUUCCUUCAAUUAAGAAGAAAAUUGAUACUGAAUUGGAUGGUCUACAGAAAAAUUUUGAAGAGACAAUGACCAAACAAGGUGAUAAAAUUGGUUAUAUCGUCAAGUUACCGGAAGAUGGAUGGCACAGGAAGGAUAUUCUUAAGAAGAUCGACGAAUAUCUUGAGCUUGGAAAUAUCAAGUGGCAGGAAGGUUACGUCUCAGGUGCUGUUUAUCAUUUCGAUAGCAAGAUCAUUGAUUUGAUGACCAAAGUUUAUGGCAAAACAUCAUACACAAAUCCUCUUCAUGCCGAUAUUUUCCCUGGAAUAUGUAAAAUGGAAGCUGAAGUUCUCCGAAUGACUGCAAAUCUUUUUAAUGGAAGUUCAAGCACCUGUGGAUCAAUCACGACAGGUGGAACCGAAUCAAUUCUCCUUGCUUGCAAAUCUUACCGGGAUUACGGUCGAGAUGUAAAUGGAAUUAAAUAUCCCAAUAUGGUUGUUCCUACAACAGCUCAUUCUGCAUUUGAUAAAGCCGCUCAAUAUCUUGGCAUAACAGUCAAAACUGUUAAACUUGAAGCUAAUACAUAUAAAGUCGACAUCAAGGCCAUGGAACGAGCUAUCAAUGGAAACACAAUUAUGCUAGUUGGAUCAGCGCCCAAUUACCCUUACGGUACAAUGGAUGACAUCGAAAAAAUUGCCAAAUUGGCACGAAAGUACAAAAUUCCUUUACACGUUGAUUGUUGUUUAGGUGGAUUCUUGACAGUGUUCAUGGAACGUGCUGGUUAUUCGCUUCCUAAAUUUGACUUCUCUGUCAAAGGCGUUACAAGUAUCUCAGCAGAUACGCACAAAUACGGAUUCACACCUAAAGGAAGUUCCGUCAUCUUAUAUUCAGAUAAGAAAUACCGUCAUCACCAAUAUACUGUAACUACUAAUUGGCCAGGCGGUAUUUAUGGGAGCCCAACAGUUAGUGGAAGUCGAGCAGGAGCGACAGUUGCGUGUACAUGGGCUUGUCUACUUUUCCAUGGUCUUGAUGGAUAUGUUGAAAGUACAAAGGCAAUUAUUGAUACAUCACGUUACAUCGAAGAUAAGCUUCGAAAGAUUUAUGGAAUUUUCAUUUUUGGAACGCCAGCAACAUCUGUUAUUGCAAUCGGCUCAGACGUUUUCGAUAUUUUCAGAUUGUCUGAUGGAAUGCAUCAGAAAGGUUGGAAUCUUAACAUUCUUCAAUUUCCAAGCGGAAUUCAUAUUUGUGUCACAAAUAUGCACACGCGACCUGGAGUUGCUGACAAUUUUAUCAACGAUGUCGAAUCAAUCGUCGCAGCGCUUGUAUUAGAUCCCCAAGCUCCUGUUGAGGGAAAAAUGGCGCUUUAUGGUGUGGCACAGGAAAUUCCAGAUCGUUCGAUUGUUGGUGACUUCACGAAGCUUUUCCUCGACUCAUUAACAUUCACUCCAAAGAGACCAAAGAAGUUUAAAAAAAGUGAUCGCUCUGAAAAAAUAAAAGACAAUCAAACAGAGUCGAACGACGUCACAUUGAUAGACGAGUGAAUUACAUCAUGUAAUGUCGACAUUGAUCGCUCAUUCCAAUUAUAUUUCUUUUAUAUCUAUAGGGUUGUCGAAUGCCAUUUGAAAUUGUCCAAUGAAUGUUUUUAGCAAUCAGUAUUGUGGUUUGCAACUAGUUGUUGAUUUUGUUUUUCGAAUAAAGCUUCUUUGCAUACAUUUUAAAUAAUAUUUCAGACCAAAUAAGAAAAUGUUCAAUCAGAGUCUUCAUAAAUUAAUUAUAACGAAUUGUCAAUUUAUAUGUCAAAGUAUAGAAUUAUCUAAUCGACAACCCUCUCUUCGUGGAGCAAACCUUUCUUUUGAUAAUUCAAGUAUAAUUCGUUGUAAUAUUUUAAGAACAGAAAAUAAAUAAUUUUUAUAUCGCAUAUUAUAAUAAAUAAUAAAUUCAUCAAUCCCUUUUUUGAAUCACAAAAC